CCCUCCGGCCCCGAGCGAGGGCCACACAAGGGGCCGCUUUCUGCGGGAACAAGGGCACUCUGUGCACGGCCCUCGGUGCCACCCGGCUCCACCGUCGCGGGUCACCCGCGCCGUCACACGGCUCUGCUGCCCCGGGGCCACCGCGCUCUCCUGCCUCAGAGCCGCUUUGUUCUCGCGGCGCAGGGAGCGAGUGGCUCUGGGACAAACACAACAGACCCCCCUCCCCAAAAAAAAAACAACCCAGAGAAACCCAACCUUGGAGCAGCCGCUGGAGAUUCACCCACUUACGGACAGAGGACCAGAAAUACGCUGUGUGCAAAAAAAAAAACCCCAAAAACCCAACCGAAAACCCCAAGACUCAUCUUUCGCUUACCUUGCGCUUCUCGCCGUGCCGGGACACGCGGCGGGGCCGCCACCGCGGGGCACAGCCGGCCUCAUCCCGGCAGCCGUGCCGGCAAAAAAAGGGGGAUAUUCUGGUUGCUUUCUCUUUUGUUUUUGGUAAAAGUGGGGCACGCUCUCACAUCUGGGGCUCUGCGCUGCCUGGGAGCGGCACGUUCUCGGUAGAAGAGGAAACCCCAAGCGCGGGAAGCUGCGCUGAGCACCGGGGCUGUCGCCACGCCCGAGAGGGGCACACGAGGGGUACCGGGGGAUCGGGCAGCCGGGAAGGGCAGCGGAGCCCCGGAUCCGGUGUGGGACACCCGGCUGGGCGAUGCUGGGGUGGCUGCUGGCGGCGCUGGCGGCGCUGGCGCAGGGCGGUAAGUGCUCCUGCGGUGCUGGGAGAUGAGAGAUAACUUCAGAAGACUUUCAAUGAACGAUUUGGGGGCGAUAAGACCUGGGGAGCUCACGGAGAGAGAUGGAGAUACUCAUCCAAAACCACAGGGAGGGGGUAAAGAUGACGAUUCCCCCUGGCAGAGGGCAGGAGUCGGGGCAAAUGGCACCGGCCAGCGCCGCAUCACCGGGGAGGGGGAACACGGGGGGCUUGGGGUGAGAAUCGCUGCUGCAGCUGCUCUGAUUCCCCAUUUGAACAACGUGGCAAGCGGGCAACAGCCACACCACCGCUCCCUCCAUGCACGGGAUGGAGUUUGGGAUGCAGGAGCCUCCAGCCGCUGCUCUGUCCCGCAGGCACCGUGGCAGCCCACGACAUCUCCUGCUGGAAGAAAUGCACCAGCAAGCCUUUGCACUGCUCCUGGCCUCCCCUCGGCCCCGCCGGCAACACCUCCUACAUCCUGAACUUUUGGUGAGUUGGGCAGCGCGGCGGGGAGGGGGAGCCCGUGGGAUUUGUCCCGGAUCCCUCCCUGUGCCCGCUCCCUCCCCAGCUUUGAGAAGAACCGCAAGUGCCGCCGGUAUGGGGUGGGCACGGCCACCAACUACAGCCCUCCGCAUCGCCAGCUGUACAUGCUGGACAACACCACGGCCUGGGUGGAGGCACGCUGGGGGGAGCAGAUCCACAAGACCCCCAACCACACCCUUCACCUUGACAAGGCUGUCAAACUGGAUCCACCUCCUGAUGAGAUGCUCUUCUCCAAGACUGGUGGCAAGCUGAGGGUGCAGGUGCCACGGCCACGGUGCCAAGGCCUGGAGCAGCCGGCACAGCAUGAGGCUCGCUUCUGGAGGGUGGGAGACAGCAGCUGGACACAGGUAAAAAUGUUCUUUGCUGGAGCUGGCAGUGACUGACAGGGGUCACCAUGGCAGCCCAGGGAGUGUGGGGACUCACUGAUGUCAGUGUCCCCCCCAAACCCAGCUGUGUCCCAUCUGUUUCACUGCGUUAUGAGCUCUGCCUCGUCCUCUGGCCGUGGGAUCCUGCUGCUGCCCCUAACAGGAUUCUCUGGGAUUACACAGACAAAACCCCAGAUUAUACUAAUGACGACAACCGAUCAAAUCUGGAUGCUUGUCCCCAGCGCAGCUCUCACAGCUGGGGACCCCCCAUCCCUCUCAGUUGCUGCCAGGAGGGUCCCAGGAUUGAGGGAGUCCCUGGCCACCAUGUCCCCUGCACUGUUUGGCCCUCCCAGCCCCUGGGGUGUUUGGGGAUCACAGGGCAGCACUGAUGUCCCAGUAAAAUACUGGUUUUACUGGGUGGGUGUCUCCAUGCCCUGCUGUCUCUACAGGUGACAUGUGACACUGUGAUGGGGACAGGUGAAAAUGACUCAGGUUGGUUUAUCCUGUGGGGUUGUUGGGGAUGCUCCCCAGCCAGCAUCCCGUGAUGGCCAAAAGCUGGGGAAAGGAGGAGCGACCCCCCCAGCUGACCAUGGCACCCCUCUCUAGUGACCUGUGUCCUGGGGGUCAAUGGCACCUUCGUGGUCCAGCUCCGGCACAAGCCUCCCCACUGGAGCAGCUACUGGAGUGACUGGAGCAGCAACAUCUCUGUUCCCGAGGGUGAGGAAGAGGAGCCUGGUGAGAUCCCAACAGCUCCCAAAAAUGUCGAAGGCUCAGUCAGGCUUGUUCCUCCUGCAGAAAUCCAGAGGAGCCCGGUGCUGAGCCAUCAACUGGGCAAACUGGGGAGAGACGGGCAGCGGGUGCUGAGGCUGAGCUGGCAGCCAGUCCUCAAGGAGCAAAGGGAUGUCACCUACAAGCUGGACGUCCACAUGUUGGCGUGUGACUGCGCAGAGUCAGAUGAGGAGGACCCUGUGGAGCUGGGCUGGGAGGUGACAGAGCACAACCUCACCCUCUCCGGGGCUGAAUACGAAAUCCUGCUGACCGCGGUCAAUGCGGCAGGGCCGGGGCCGGCGCAGCAGCUCCGUGUGCCCGCAGAGCAGCGCGCAGGUACCCGCCGCUCUGGAAAUGCUGAGCUCCCCUGGCAGCCCUCAGGGCGUUAUUUUUUCCAGCUACCCCGAUUUUCCCCCGUUUCAUCCCAGAUCUCAGGUUCAAGGAGAUCAGCGUGGCCGGCAGCACCGUGACUGCGCGGUGGGAAGCGCCGGUCCCUGGCGAUGCCUUCUGCUUCGAGCAGCAGACGCCGCCGGAGCCUCCGAAACAGGGAAUCUGCUCCCAGCAGGAAUUCCCUGCCCACAGCAUCCACGUGCAGAGAGGCAAGGGAGCGCCCCAAGCCCCUCGCUGUCCCCACACCCGGGGUCAGAGGGGCUGAGCAGCACCCCCGGUUCGUCCCCAGGAGCGCUGGGAGCGCCGGGCUGUCACCGCCUGGCCGUGCACGGCAGGGACACGGAGCGAGGCUGGGCCACCUUCGCCUUGUGGCACCGCUACUCCAGCAACGAUUCGCUGCUCGUGCCCGUCAACAUCAGCAGCGGGGACGCCGCAGUUGUGCUCCGGUGGAAGCCGUCCCCCCGUGCCGCCUGUCCCGGAGCGCUGGACAAGUACCUCGUCUGCCAUGAGGCUGAGGGGGACAACGCGAGCUACAGUGAAGUGGAUGCCACGGCAUCAAACUACACCCUCCAAAACCUCCAGCCUGGCACAGCCUACAGGGUGGGUGUUUGGGAGGUGACAGAGGACAGCGAGAGGACCUGCAGUGCUUGGUGGCACUUCCAGACCAAGGGGCUGGGUCCCCGGGGAGCAGCGUGGAGAAGCAACCUGAAUUACCUGGGCAUCUCGCUUGGUGUCCCCGCCGCAGCUGCCAUCUACCACCUGAGCAAAAAGAGGGCUCGCCGCCUCCUCUUCCCACCCCUCCCCAAGCCCGUGGGCACCAAAGCCAUCCAGUUCUCGGCGGACGAGAUGAGCCAGGGCCAGCCCCGGACAGGCCUCCUGGAGCCCUCGGAAAGGUUCAGCCCAGCCGAGCUGCUGCUGACGGAGCCGAAUCCCAGUGAGGAGAAGCCUGACACGGCCACCGAGAGUGCGGUGCUGCUCCCCGAGGUGUCGCAGGCCGGCCCAGCGCUGGAAACGCCGGCGGCAGCGGUGGCGUCCCCGCAGGGCUGCGGGGAGGAGCUGCCCUUCGCCUACCGCCGGCAGGACACGCUGAGCCCGGGGGGAUCUCCAGCCUCCGGCAGCAGCACCGGACACCCACCCGGAGAGGAGGAGGAGGAAGAGGAGGAGGGGAGGCAGGGGAUGCACCAGCCGCUGAUCCCCAUUGCCCUGCUCAUCUCUGACAAACCCAUCAUCAUCAGGGAUGAGGAAGGAUGGGAUCCCGUGCCGUGACCAUCCCCGGGCUGGAGCAGCAGGAAGGGCACGGGGGUGUCCCGUGGAAUGCGGAGUGUCUGUGUGGGAUGCUGAGUGCCCAGUCCGUGCGUGGCACCGGCACUUUCAGGGGGUUUUCUGGUUUCCAGGACACGGAAGGCGAUGCCUCUGGACGCGGCAUUGCACCGGGACAGGUUUUGGCCACGCUGUCUCCACCUCAACCUUUCACCAGCGAUAAAACCCAAGCGAAGGCGGCUGCAGCGUCUGGCCAGGACCGAGGGUAUUUCCAUGGCUGACUGGGGAGGAGAGGCAGAGCUUCAUCCCAGCCGGCUGCUGCCUCUGGAACCAGUACCGUGGUGGGGACUCAAAAAGCCCUAGCACUAAACACCAGAUACCUGCAAAAAACUUUUAAAAUGUGCAAAAACUAAAAGAAAAAAAAAAUUAAAAAAAAAAACAACACAAACAUUAAAAAAUUUAAACAAUUGCACAAAGCAGCAGGGCUGAGAUGGUUUUUCCUGGCCUGACCCGAGCAGAUUACAGCAAGGAUUUAGAGGCGAGGUUCAAUCCACUGGAGGGCACAGCGAGGCAGCCGGGAUGGGGGUC